GUUUAUUAUUUUGAAAUCUUCUCAUCAAUUAAAAAUCGUUAUUAUUUAAAUAUUUUAUAAAAUUAUUUUCAAAUUUUACUUUUUGAUUUACCCUAUGAUCUUCUACACUAUCACCUUGACUCAUACUAGAAAAAUCACAUGAGAUCGUGUUAAACAUUAUAUUGCUUUAUUUGAUUUAAUUUUUAUUUCAAUUUAUUAAAUAAACAAAAAUUUACAAAUGUCUCUUCAUUUACUUAAAUAACUGUUUAGUUCAAGCGUUCCUUACAUAGAUUCCAGAAUGAAGCCAAAAAUUUGAGUUAAUUUAUAAAACCAGUCAUUUACCAAGUAAAAGGCUACUAAAAUGAAAAUUGUCGAGUUUCGAAUGCCCAUACCUCUCCAACUAAGUGACUACCAAAGGUGUUCAAUCCACUUAUUGAUAGAUGCAAGUCUUAGAGAAAUGGAAGGUGGAAGCGGUUUGGAGAUUUUUCGAAACGAAAAAUUCAAAUCCAACGGUUCUGUCGGAUACUACACCGAAAAACGAUACCAUUUUGCUAAAAAUUUGCCAAACUGGUUGCAGUCAAUUUUAGGCUCUAAACUCACAAUACUCACUGAGAAAUCGUGGAAUCUCUUUCCGAAGCUAUUCACUAGAUAUUAUAAUGAAGUGUUUCCAACUGCAGAAUUCUCUCUUCAGACCGACCAUAUCGAAUCUCUAAAUAUUUCAGAAAACGUUCUGAACCUGAACCUCCAGGACUUGAACAAAAGGCAGGUCAUCUUUGUGGAUUUAACUAAAUUUAAUAAAUUGAAGAACUAUGACCCAAAAUAUGAUAUAACAAGGUUUAAAUUUGGGAAUUUUUUCCCAGUAAAAGGUGACUGGUAUAACAAUUCGGAAUCUUCCGGGAUUGUAUCGUACAAGUUACUCAGACUAAACAUUCCAUACUUCGGACUGUUAUCCUCUAAAAUCGAGAGCUAUAUUAUCACCUUUUUUUACGAGAGUUUGAUUUACUACACAUGUAUGGGACUUUGUUCAUUUGAGAAGUGGAAUAAGUUGAGUUUGGAAAGUUUAAGGAUUACGGAGGUCGACUGCUACGAUAAGCUUAACGAGGCUUUUAAAAAUUUAUACUCUAAAAAACUUGAUAAAAGUUUAAAACUGGAGCCUGUCAAUGUACAAAAAGGUGCACCAAUUACUAUUCCCAAGGAGAUUACAAUGUCAAGCAAUGAUAUUGUUGCUGUUCCAGAGCCGCCUUCACUAGAACCUCUUCCACAACCCACACCUACAGACCAGAAUGAAGCUGAUGUUGUCAAGACUGAAGUUGUAGAAGUUAAAUCUGAGGUGGUUUCUGAUAAGAUACAAGUACCUCAACUAGAUAAGGAAGCUAUUUCCAGCUUAGUAUCUGAAGGCGAUCGCGCCGUAUCAUUAUCAGAAACUAGAACCACAAGUUUGGAUGAAAAAUUAGUAUUAAUUGAGCAACUUGAUGAGUUAACUCCAACAAACAUCGAACUUGCAGGUCCAAUUCCUGUGGUAUCCUACGACGAUUCUGAGUUUAAGGACGCAGUUGAAAACUUUGAAGAUUUAGUAGAUUCUGAAAAUGAAGAUUAUGUUCCAAAAUCAAUUAGCACCAGUCUCUCAGAGGCGCACAAAAUAUCCACGCCCUUGUAUUCCACACCUGUUUUGCGUUCUGAUCAAACUAUUGUAAAGAGUCUUAGCUGUGAUCAGGCAACUCAAACUUCAGAUACCACUGAAUCUGCAUCAGAUGAGUCAGUAGAUAAACGUGAUCAAUUGACUAGAGAAAGCGAAGUGAUAUCUGUGGAACUAUCUGUGCCAAAGCCCAGUUUGGAGACAACCACUAAGAAGAUCAUUAGCACUGUUGGUGACACAUCUCCCAGCAAGAGUUCGACGGUUUCAAGAAAAAAAUCUGAAACUCCAGAAGACACUUUAAUCUAUGACAUACCAAUUACUUUUACGGGAUAUUUAUAUAAACUGGGAAGAGGGUUCUCAUCGUGGUCCUGGAAUCUGAGGUAUAUUAUCGUAUGUGGAUUUAACUUGUAUUACUUUGAUCGUAAAAAUGACACCAGGCCUAAAGAUACUAUUAAUUUAAAGAAUUCUAGGAUUAGCUGGACUGGCACUCAUAUGAGUAGGCCCUUUGUUUUCAGUGUAACUACUAAGGAUAAGAUUGUUUAUUACUGGUCUGCCGAUGAGGAGGAGACUGUAAAGAGGUGGAUUCUACUCCUUCAGGUUCUGUGCGAGGAAUCUCCUCCAUAUAUUGUUAAACAACUCGCCUAUGAACUCACUUUCCAUCAAAACAGCACUGAAGGUCUUACGAACUCCAUAACUAAACUGUAAAUUUUAACAUGUAACAUAUUUUAAUUUCAUACACACAUU